CAGAAACGCAAGGAGGGAAAGACGCCAAUUCGCUUUGCACAGUCGUUCACAUUGUUUCGCUUUUGCGGGUAGCUUCUUCUGAACUACGAUCUACUUCCGGAGCGCUUCCUCGCAUCAAUCAGCCCCUCCAACCAAAAGCCCUGCCUUAGGAACCUCGUUACGAUCAAAGACCAAUCCAAACCUCCCAAUUCCAUAAAGGAACCCAAAUACGGUCCACAAGCCGCCUUGCAGAACCAGGAUAAUGCUCUCCGCUAUACUCCGCAGACUCCAAGGAGGAAACCUUGAGGUUUUCAAAUUCGGUACAUAUGUCCUCUUCCCCAUCGGCUGGAUGUACUACUUCGGCACCAACCUCGAAGAACGCUUCUCCGUCCCCGACUUCUGGCCAAGGGAAGAGCAUUCGCACAAGAUUCCGCUGGAGAAAAGUGAGAUCGAAGCUGAACUAGCGAGAAUGGACCGGGAGAAGGAGCGGAAGCGAUUACGACGCUUGGAGCUAGAAAGCGCUGCUGCGGCAGCGGCGACGGCGGCAACGAUGGGGGAGAGUGCCGGAGUGGAGAGGUCGUGA